AUGACCGUUGACACUAAGAAUUUGGUGAACUCAGCAAGUGGAGGGGGAUUUUCCCAAAACACGGUGAGUGAAGCCAAAAGAUUAAUUCAACACUUGGUGGAAGCUACGAGGAAAUAUGAGGAGCCGCGCAUCCAACUGCUCAAGAAAGCUGCUCAAGCUAGUUCAUCAGAAUUUGAGGAGAAGUUCGAAGCAAGGAUGGGGAAAUUGGAGAGAAUGUUGAGUACUGUGGUGGAGAAGGUUGCAACCGCUGGACAACUGACAGAAAAGCCAUGUGGAGCAUGCGCCGAGCAGAAGGUGCAAAUCGAAGGACUAUCCCGUCAGAUGUCUCAGCUCGCCACAUCCAUGAAUCAGCUUAAGGGAAAUAAUGGAGCUUUGCCAUCUCAAGUUCAUGUGAAUCCCAAGGAGAAUGUCAACAAGAUCACCUUGAGGAGCGGUACAGAGUUGGACGGACCGACACCCCAGAACUCUCAAGAUGGACCGCAGGCCGAUUCUGGAGUCGAAUUUCGUGUGGAGGAAUUCGAGCGUUCUGUUGGCACAAAGGAUUCAGUCAUUCAGCAGGUAGAACAGCCCGUCCCCUUUCCAGGAAGAUUGGCGAGGAAGAAGCCGGAAGAUGAACUCAUUGAUUUUGUGAAGAUCUUUGGCAAACUUGAAGUGAAUCUUCCAUUCUUGCAAGCGUUGAAAAUCCCUCAUUUUGGGAAAUUUGUGAAGGACUUCAUAACUGGAAAGUCCAAGGCAACUGGUAAGAUUGUGAUGGGUGAGAACGUCUCAGCUGCACUCAAGAAGGAGUUACCCGCCAAGUGCAAAGAUCCUGGUAUGUUUUCUCUCCCCAUUUACAUUGGUGAUACUAGGAUCGAGAAUGCUAUGUGUGACUUAGGAGCGUCUAUCAAUGUUAUGCCUCUCACUGUUUACAAUAGAUUGUCGGGUGUAGAAUUGGUAGACACUAGAGUGGUCAUUCAGUUAGCCGAUAGGUCUUGUGUUUAUCCCGAGGGUUUGCUUGAGCAUGUUCUUGUGAGUGUGAAUAAUUUUGUUUAUCCUGCCGAUUUCUAUGUGGUGAGGAUUUGUGGAGUGCAAUCUAAGGGUUCAACGGGAGUCCUUUUAGGUCGUCCGUUCUUAAGAACUGCAAAGUCGAUCAUAGAUGUUAGUAAUGGCAUGAUUUGUCUGGAUUAUCAUGGGGAGAAAUACACUUUUAGUAUGGAUGAUGCCAUAAAAACUCCGAAUGAUGCUGAAAAUGCUUAUUCUAUUGAUAUGAUUGACCCUCUUGUCCAAGAAUUUCUUGAGACCGAAUUCAUGCAGGAUAAGUUGGAGCUCACUAUGAUCAAGAGUUGGACAGAUUUUGAUGCUUAA